AUGUCUGGAGUCCAUUCUCAUUCUCAAGAAAAGGAAGAUAAUAGCGGAAAAAGUGAAAGAGAGACUGAGCUCCUCGUACGAUGCUGUGUGUGCUCUGCCGUUGAUGCUUAUGAAAUAUUGCCCGUCUGUUUACACUCCGCUUGCCGUCAGUGCACUGCUUCAUUAAAGGCGAAUGGGGGGUACAAGUGCGCGUCUUGCAGUGAAUUCAGCCCAACGCUUAUCAGCAAUCCCAUACUUUUCAAAUCCGAAAGCCUGCAAAAGUCUCCCAACUGUAAUUGGUGUCAUGAUAACGGUGAACAAACGAAAUCGAUCGGAAACUGUAAGGAGUGUGAUGCAUGGCUCUGUGGUGAGUGCUUGAAAGGACACAACCGAAUGCCACCACUCCGAAGCCAUGGCAUUACGAUGCUACCGAAGUCGGCUGGUCAGGACGGCCUCCACUGCGAACUUCAUCCACGUGAAGCGCUUGAGUGCUUUUGUGAAGCUUGCGACAAACUGACGUGUCGAGAUUGCCAACUCUCAAUCCACCGGGAUCAUGGAAGUCAUCGGUGGGUCGGUGAGAAAGCAAACUUACUCACGGCCCCACUAGAGGAAGCGAUUCAUCAACUGGAGCAGUCUCAGAAUAAACUUGCAGAGGCAUCACAGUUGGCUUUGACUUCAAGCACUAGUACAAAGGAUGACAGCUUUUUGGGCAGCGUGGAAAAGACACGUUCAGCCAUUGAGGCCCGGGCUUCUUCCCUCAUACUUCGCAUUCGUUCGCGCACGGACGCACUACUACAAGAGUUGAAUGCCAAAUGUAUGGAAAGUGUAAAUAAAUUGGUGGCAUCCGAAGGACUUAUGAGAGAAAUCCAGGAUCAAAUAAGGUUCACUCUGUCAUUUGCUGAUCGCCUGAUUAAAAAUAAGGACAGUGAUCCGGCCAGCUUGGUUCAAUUGUUCAAAGCAGUACAGGCUCGAAUGCAGCUUCUUCAGAACAGAGCAGAACAUCUCUGGAUGGAUGCACCACCGUCGAUGGAUACGAAUGAACCGACGGUCGACCAGACCCAAGCUGAUUAUAGUUCUUGGCGCAAGAACAGUCUUGGAUGGCGUGAUACUGCCAAUAUGCGGGCCCUAUUUAUUGCUAACUGGGACCCUGAUGAACUAGCUAGACAUUCUGGUACAAUCACAUGGCUGCCUGUUCAGCAAGCUGGAUCCAAUCAGCCUGGAAAUAACGAAGACACGAACAUUGUUAAAUCAGUACACAGUGUCGCUACUGACAAUGGUAAGCCCGAUUUUGUCAUGUCUAAAGAAUACGGUGACUUUCUGGAUUCACUAUCUAUCAUUGAUGGACGUCACAGAAAUUCUGAUUCUCUGACAGAGGAGCCUGUGGCUGGUGGUGUCGGUUGUGCCAUUUGUUUUGAUGCCGGUCUUCUUGCUCAUUGUGGCAAAUGUCGUCGGGCCUAUCAUCUAGACUGUCAUCUCCCACGGCUGACGAAUAUCUGCCUGAUUCCUGGUUGGGUUUGUGGCCUGUGUGAGGACCAAGAUGCUGCAACAGCUGCACAAGUAGAGAAGUCAGACGAGACUGGGCUUUCUCACACCGAUUACUUGACUGGCUGUCGGAUUCUAAUGGCAUUACUUGUUCAUGCGGAGGCUGUGCAUUUUACAGCUUCCGUUUGUCCAGCUUGCUCCCUCCCGUUGCUGACUCCCGGCCGUUCUGUGCCACAUUGCCCCGCUGGACAUCUCUAUCAUCGUCUAGCUGAAUUACGACUCCAGCUCGAAGAAGCGGCUUCAGUACAGAAUGGUGACCAUCACAAAGAUGAUGACCUAGAAGAACAUAUUGUUAUUGGUAGCCCGCAAGCACUCAAGAAUGCACCAGCACGUCUGACGCAUCUCGACGACUGGUUGGUGGAGGUCGAUAAGUUCUGGUCCGAUGCAGCAAAUGAAGAUAACCAAGUUCGUGGCUUAACAAAAGGUUGUUUGCGUGCAGCUCGUCGGCUGAGAGCCAAAUUGGCCACACUGGUCCAAGUACAUCGUCCCCAAAGCCAGGCAGCAUUUCUAGAUGCAUUAGCAGACAGCUGUUCGACGGACACCAGCCUUGCCAACAGAUCCGAUUGCAGGCCAUCCACUGAAGAAUGUUUAGACAUCGAUGCCUCAAAGGUAUCGUUUCAUGUUGGCGUAGACUGAAAGGACUAAAUUUCGCUCUCAUUUGGCUUUUUUCGUAGUCGCCCCUUAUCGAAUGCAUCAUUGCCCAUCACUUUUCUUCCCCUAUCUGUAUUUCCCUGUCUGUGCACGUGCAUUUAAAAGGUAACUAUCUAUUUCAUUUCAUAGUCUUAUACACUUUUUUACAGGAGCCUUUUUGUAAGCCUUCCUUUUCCAAGACACUCUUCGAUUAAUUGUUGGUUCUCACGUGUAGAUUUGUCGAUUUGUGGCUCACGACGAACCCCACUCAUUUGCUUGCAGUUCGCGGUUUGUCAGUCCAACAAAAACAUGCAGGAAUAAUCGGAAUUCGACCCCCCCUUA